GCCAGGAGAAAAAUAGGAGGGGUGCUAAAGCUGAUGCUCUGGAGAAACUUUUGUGUCUUAAACUUUAACUGUCUCGCUCUCCAGGACAAAGGCUGUUUAGUGGGCAGGACCGUCAUUUCGUUACCUCAAGUCGAGACACACCGCCAACAUGUCCAGCAAACGAGCAAAAGGGAAGACCACCAAGAAGAGGCCACAGAGAGCCACCUCAAAUGUGUUCGCCAUGUUCGAUCAGUCACAGAUCCAGGAGUUCAAGGAGGCCUUCAACAUGAUCGACCAGAACCGAGAUGGAUUCAUCGAUAAAGAGGAUCUUCAUGACAUGCUGGCCUCUUUGGGUAAGAACCCAUCGGAUGACUACCUUGAGGGUAUGAUGAGUGAAGCACCAGGUCCCAUUAACUUCACAAUGUUCCUCACCAUGUUUGGAGAAAGGCUCAACGGAACUGACCCGGAGGAUGUCAUCAGAAACGCCUUUGCCUGCUUCGAUGAAGAAGGAACUGGCUUCAUUCAUGAAGACCACCUGCGAGAGCUGUUGACCACCAUGGGAGAUCGCUUCACAGAUGAAGAUGUGGAUGAGCUCUUCCGAGAGGCUCCCAUCGACAAAAAGGGCAACUUUAACUACGCAGAGUUCACACGCAUUCUUAAACACGGAGCCAAAGAUAAAGAUGACAUGUAGACUAUUAAAUAAAGCAGAACAGAACAUUACAAACAUACAUAAGGUGUGAAAAGCAAUGAAGCAAAAUAUUCAUUAUCAUGUAAGACUGAUUGAUGAUCUAAAGAAGUUAACAUAAAAUACAUUGUUACGUUUUAUUAAAUGAUCAGAUUGUUAAAUUAAAUGUAUAUCUUUGGCUAUUGUGUGAAAACUUUUAAACAUUUGUUUUUUUGUGGGUUCAACUAGUGUGUUCUGGCAUUUAACCUGCAUUUAAAGAGUUAACCCCAACAAUGAAAAUUCUGUCAUCAUUUACACCCCCUCCUGUCAUUCCAAACCUGUAUGACUUUCUUCUGCAGAACACAAAAGAAGAUGUUUUGAAGAAUGUUGACGACUGAACAAUGCCGGUACCCAUUGACUUGCACUGGUUUUGUGUCAAUCCAAUAGAAUUAAAUGGACACUGCUGUUGUUCGGAUUCCAACAUUCUUGAAAAUAUCUUUUUUGUGUUCUGCAGAAGUAAGUCAUAAAGGGUUAGUAAAUGAUGACAGAACUUACAUUUUUGGAUGCCCUAUCCCUUCAAGACAUAAUGCAUUAUGCUUCAGUUUUUGUGUGAAAGCAUGUAAAAUUAUUUUUAUUAGUAUUGAUGAUUGAUACAGAUAUUUGAGGCAAUAUGGGCAUUUUAACAAACACUCUUACAGUACAACUAAGGGAAAUAUAUCUGCAAAUAUUCUAACAAGUCAUUUUAAACUGCACAUCUUCAGUUGAGCUGUUUUUUUACCCAUCAAUCCCUGUGGAUAUCAGAUGUGUUGUCAAGUGUGUUACCUGUGGCAGCUGUCAGAUGUGAUGAAUGAACUCACCCAUAACUGCAAUAUUUUAUACUGAAAUAAAGGUGUAAAAUUGGUCUA